AUGUGGUACAAACCAUUUGCAAUCAUCAUAGUGCUGCUAAUUAGCACAAUCGAAGCCUGGACCGCACGGGGAUGCGUUGAUUUAGAUUCAUCAACAUUCGACAAAGUGGUCGGCAAGUUCCGGUACAGUUUGGUAAAAUUUGAUACGGCUUUCCCGUACGGGGACAAACAUGAGGCAUUUACAAAUCUUGCCCUCGAAACGGUCGAAGCUAGUGAUGAGUUACUGUUUGCACUGGUUGGAAUCAAGGACUAUGGAGAAAAGGACAACAACGAUCUCGGCAAGCGGUUCAACAUCGGCAAGGAGUACCCGGUCAUCAAGCUGUUCGCCGGUGCACGCUCGAAACCGAUCGAUUUCCCACCCGGUGAGGAAAUUACGGCAGAGAAUUUGCGAAAGUUUCUAAAGCGCACCACUAGCGGGCUGUAUAUUGGGCUGCCCGGAUGCGUGCAAAAGCUGGACGAGUUGGCACAGGCGUUUAUGAAGACGGUUGAGCCAUCUGAACGACAAUCGAUAAUCGCUGAAGUGGAGCAGGCUGAACGGGACACACCCGAGGAGGAUCCAUCGAAGAAGUCUCACGCGAUGUAUCUGUCCGUGAUGCGAAAGAUAGUCAAAUCCGGGGACCGGCCGGAAAGUGUCGUAAGCAAUGAAAUGAAACGUGUAGCCAAGCUGCUGGCUGGGAAGCUAAGUGACGCUAAAAGGGCAGAACUGAAGCUACGUUCCAACAUUAUGUUGUCGUUCAGCACGUCGGGUGACGCGGCAAAGUCCAAACGUACCGAAUUGUAAGAUAAAUAAACGUUGCUACGCAUC